AUGCCAAAUCUUGCAAAUAAUCCACAUAAUGUUGAAGAAAUGGAAAGGACAGAUACAAUCCGUAAAAAAGAUAAAGAACGUGGGAGUGUUUUUCUAUUAGAUAACCAAGAACUGUUGCUAUCCCAGGACCCGGGGUAUGAUACAUUGAUACCAUUUCGAGAAAGCAAGGUCUUUUACAACGACAAGUUUGUCGGAAGGGCUGCAAGGGGGGAAUCUACUAAUAAUUUUACAGAUGAAGUUCUAAACUAUCAGAGGGAGAACGCUACUUUUUUCUCUUUGGUCAGAAACGAAGAUUUUCGGGGUAUUGCCGAAGCUAUAGAAUCAGUUGAAUACAGGUUCAAUAACAAGUAUCAUUAUGAUUGGGUAUUUGCUAAUGAUGAACCAUUUCAUCCGACAUUCAUAAAAGUCAUUGAAAAUUUGGUAAGUGGCAAAGCCCAUUUUGUUCAAAUACCGCAAGAAAUAUGGAGCUACCCAGAUUGGAUCGACCAAGACAAAGCAAACGAAACAAGACACACGAUGAAACAAAAUAAAGUUAAGUAUGGUGACUCUGAAUCAUACAGGCAUAUGUGUCGAUUCAACUCAGGUUUCUUCUACAGAUUACCAAUAAUGAAGAAGUAUAGAUACUACUGGAGAGUAGAGCCUGAAAUUGAAUUUCAGUGUGAUAUAUUUGAUCAAGAUUGGUUUAAAUAUAUGAAAGAAAAUAAUAAAAAAUAUGCAUUUACAUUGGCUCCUUUAGAGCUACACACUACUGUUACAAACUUAUGGGAAACUGUUCAGGAUUUCUCUCGGAAAAACCCAAAAUUAGUUGCCAAAGAUAAUAAUAUGGAAUUUUUGACUGAAGAUGGAGGAGUAACUUACAAUAUGUGUCAUUUUUGGUCGAAUUUCGAAAUAGGAGAUAUGGAUUUUUAUAGACUGGACGCAUAUUCAAAAUUUUUCGACCAUAUUGAUAGGGCAGGUGGAUUCUACUAUAGUCGUUGGGGUGAUGCCCCGAUUCAUUCUAUGGGUGUUUCAUUACUACUAAGUAAAGAUGAAUUGUUUUAUAUGGAUAACUCAGGAUAUUUCCAUUCACCAAACGGUGACUGCCCCUGGGACCCAGAGAUCAGAAAGCAAAGAAGAUGUACCUGUCAAACUAAAAAAGACGCCUCAUGGUUGAAGAGCUCGUGUAUUCCGAAAUGGUUCGAAAUACAUAACAUAGAAAAACCUCCCUUUGUACCUAAGUUUAAGUUUGUCAAUCAACACAAGCCUCCUGAUGAAGAGGAAGAAGAAGAAAGGGAAAAAGAAGAAGACUAUGACGAUAAAGACGAAUGA